AUCAUAAGAGCCAGAAUGCUGCUUGGCUUUUUUCUUUUGCCUUCUGUAUUUUUCCUGGAUAUAGGAGUGUGCAUGGCAGUUCAAUCUGAGCUGAGAAUCACAACAAUAAAGCAAGAGCCAUAUACAAUGACCAAAGGCUCCCAACUGGAAGGCUUUUGCAUGGACUUGCUCUCUGAAGUAGCUAAAAAACUCAGCUUCAAGUACAAAGUGCAGCUGGUGAAAGACGGUUCGUACGGCAGGCAAGAUGAGAACGGGAACUGGAAUGGGAUGAUUGGAGAGGUGGUUAGAAAGGAGGCAGACCUUGCGAUUGCGCCACUGACUCUCACUGCAGCUCGGGAGAAAGCUGUGGGCAUGACCAAACCCUUCAUGCAGACAGGGAUCAGCAUCUUGCUGAGGAAAGACAUCUCAGAGGAAGCAGGCUUCUUUGACUUCCUGACUCCUUUUUCCUUGGAAACAUGGAUUGGCGUACUCCUCGCCUACGUGGCCACUGCUGCCUGCAUCUUUGUCACAGCCAGACUCAGCCCAUGUGAGUGGAGUCAGGCUCAGAGUGAGAAAAACAGAUUCAGUUUCCUCUACAGCCUGUGGUAUACAGCUGGAGCUCUAACUCUACAAGGCGUUGGUCAUCAUCCCAGAGCUCCGUCUGGACGCGUCAUCUGCAGCAGCUGGUGGUUGUUUUCUGUCGUCCUCUUGGCUUGUUACUUCUCCAACCUGAGUUCGUCCAAGACUUCAGAGUCCAGCCGCUUGACGGUGAAAGGGUUUGAGGACUUGGCCAAUCAGAACAUGAUCGAGUAUGGCUGCCUGGCUGGCUCUUCCACCCUCGCUUUUUUCAAGAAUUCAAACAACCCCGUGUACCGCAGAAUAUACGAGCACAUGGAGAGAACAAAGAGUUUUGUGUCAUCUAUGGAUGAGGGUGUCAGACGUGUCAAAGAAGGUAACUAUGCUUUCAUUGGGGAGUCGGUUUCUUUGGACUUGGCCGUGGCCCGUCACUGUGAGCUGGUGAGAGCGCACGAAGUUGUUGGUAUGAGAGGAUACAGCAUUGCUACGGCUCUCGGUUCUCCAAUCAUAAAGAACCUCAGUGUUGCCAUCCUUCAGCUGAGCGAGGCCGGAGAGCUGGCUUAUCUGCGAAGCAAAUGGUGGGCCAGCAGCUGCUUUGCAGAUAAAGUCAAACCUUCAGCUUUGCAGUCACACAGCCUGAAGGGGAUGUUCCUGGUUCUGUCUCUGGGCCUUGGACUGGGAAUGCUUCUGGCUGUCCUUGAGCUCACUUUUCAGAGUCGCAAAAGAGCAGCAGAGCAGCAGAAAUCCUGCUGCGCUGUGCUGAACGAGGAGCUGAGUCUGCGCCUGAGAAACGGCAGAGCGAACAAACCCCAGGAAAAUGUAGAGAAAGAAAAAGCAUAAACACCUUGAAACAUUAACUAGUCAAGGAUUUUUUUCUUUAACUUCAUUUAGAAGAGUAAUUCUCAGAACUAAACUUUGAACUAAUUGACCUCUUAUCCAACGGAAAAAAUGUAACCCUAAAAACUCACAUUUUAUUAAGUCUUACUAAUUAUUCAAGGAAUACUGAAAUAUCUUUUUUUUUUUGUUAAAAAUGAUUUUUAAUCCAAGUUUACAUUUAAAAUCUGAACAAAAGUGGCCAACAAAGCUCAUAUUUUUAGUAGCCUACAAAUUUAUAAUGUCGCUUUAAGCUCUUUGUACAUUUGGCAGCAGCAUCAAGUGAAUCCAUGAGUUUCAUAUGUUGACUGUAAACAUUCCAGCUGUGCUAAAAUCAAAUAAAAUGUUUCUUUAUUAAU